AAAAGUAACAAGCUGACCGUAUAAAAUAUAUAUUAUGUAUUCAUGAUCUUGAUUACGAUCUUAAUCACAACACUUUUGAAAAUAUUCAGAUUUCUAUCCUGCAUAGGUAUCUGUUAUUUGAGGCUUUGGCUAUAGAGAACCAAGCUUACAUAACAGUGUAACCCAUGGGUAAACGUUCUCUGAGCUUUUAGAUAAUUAAAUUAAAAGGAUGAGAACUUUUCAUUAAACAGAACCUCAUGUAGUGUGCAUGUGUAAUGGUGGUCUUUAUAUAAGUACAUUUUAAAACAUAUUGAUAUUCAUAAAUAAUUAAUGAGCAUAUGAAGAUUUAUACUUCAAGAGUAUGGUAUAAACAGAUGCGAGAUGUUUUGUUAUUGGUUCAGUAAACAAGAGACACAAGUGUCGUCGAUUUUUGUUUAGCGUUCUUCCUUAUCGCUGUUUAUACUAUUGUUGUUAUUUUGUUAAGAGCGCCGCCCACAACCAUAAAAGCCGCAGAAACACCAACAAGUUACAGAUAGCAACUAGAUAGCCAGCAGCAAGAUGGUCCUUUCACGCUGCCUGCUGAUCUUCACUGUAUUCCUAGCGACCCUUCUAGUCCCUUUGCCCACUGAAGCGCAGAUCCUGGGCCGCGGCCAGUGCCGCCUCACCGCCAUCCGAGUGUCGGCGGGGGGGACAGUGUGCGAAAGACUCUGCUUCCGAAAAGACUACCGCGGUCCUCCGCUUCUCUGCAGCCGCAUCCCCAGGGAUGGAGUGGUUCCUGUCUGCGGGGCCGGUUGUUGCCGCAGCGGUCCCAACUGCCUGCAGUUGCUUUACUCCUAAGGUCGAUUGGUUAUCACGCGGAACGUGUCACCAAUUCAUACAAAUAUAUCUUAAAAUUUUGGAAUAUUUCAGAAAAUUAAAAACUAAUUAGCAGGCAAUUAAAUAAUAUAAAAAGUAAUUUCUUUAAUAAAAAGGGUAUCAUGUUUGAUCCCAUAAAACGAUAAAUAUUUGACAAUGCUAAAAAUAAUUGCAAGAGUUUUGAGAUCAUACAAAGUUUUCGUUAGAGGGGAAAUCUGUUAUUAUAUUUUUAGGACACAUUGUUUUAUUAAAAAAAUAUUACAUUUUUACCUUUUUUAGCUAGAGUUUAGUUCCUUUUCUUAGAAAAUAUGCCACUAAACAUGAAAAAUCAGAUUAAAACUGUGACUGCUAUGUCUAGUCUUCAACUUCGAUCAUCAGUGUCCCCGAAAAUGGCUCUAGAUGGUCAUACACUAUCCUGAAAGUUUAAGCGAACUCGCUUAAAAAAAUUACAAAACACCCGAUCUUCGGCUUUCCAAACUUGUUUCCCUCCUUCAUUUGGGGUGUAAAAAAGGAGAUAUCCACGAAUAAAUUAUAGAGAACAGCUGAAAAAACAGUUAGCCCUAUUUAACAUUUUAGUUAUAAUUUAAUUUUCGAUUUUCAUA